CAUGGGUCUUGGAUGAUUUUGGUCAACUUAUUAGGGCUCGAUCCAAAGCCAUGGCUUUUCUAUGCCCCAGCGACGGUGACGGCUGCAGCUAUGACGAGUGCCGCUGUGCUAAUGCCUCUCACGUGCGCGAGCUGGUGAAUGUGAGUUUGGAUGGACAGCCUUGUUAUGCCUGUGAACCUCCGAGAUUGCCUGCUUGCACCGAGGCCACGGACCAAUGCACUCCAGAAGCCUGCGCAUGCGCCAAUUCUCGUACCCAUGUCAAGUACAAUGCGAGUACCGUGGACGGAUCUCCAUGCUUCUACUGCGAGCCCAUCGGCGGAUACUGGAGCUUUGGCCGGAACGAAAUGGCUUUGGCCCUGUGGCUGCGGUCCUGAACGCGUGGGCGUGUUGAAGGGUCUACACGAGCGGGCACUAUAGUGGAUACUAGUGAAUACUAGUGGGCAUUCGACAUUUUGGAUGUCAGUUAUGUUGUUUUAGACUUGAAUAUGAUCCAGCGUUCAUGGACAUGGCAUGAAAUAGCCUAGACAAUCAGAUGCCACUCUAUUAGUAGGCAACCAGUGAGUCCAAAAACCAGACACAUUAGCCAUGAGCCAUGGCGCUCUACUCUGGACAGACGUCCGCACAGAUCCAAUCAAGCCUUGGGCGAAACCAUGAAAACCCCUGAAAACUGGCAUCCCCAUGGUAGAGAGCAUGGUGUUUAUUGGUACGGUGUUUUCAUUGUUUCGACGUCUCCCAUGCAUCAUCCCCGUCAUUCUUCCGCCGAAACGAACGAGCGAAGGAGGGACCGCCCCAGGUGCUCCUGGCGCUCCUCUUAGUGGCGCUUUGGCGCUCCGGACAACGCCGCCGUGUCCGCGACGGACGCAGCGCUGGUUCUUUGCGACUGCCGCGGCGCAGCGCGGAGAACCAGCAAAAGGCCAUCCGAGUGUCACAAGAGCCUUUGCGCUUCUACGAGCAGGUCCUACAGGUCAUUGAAGAUGUGAUCGACACGCUCAUCGACGGGGCCUGCGAGCUGGUGUCUUGGCCAUUUCGCCCAGGAGCUUCUCAGCGGAGAUCCUGAGGGCGUUGAAUCUUCUUUGGGCUCGUUGAGCGGAUUGACAUGUCACUUAGAACAGCUGCGGGCAAUGUCUUUGUCUUGGUUUAACAGCUUGGGGAGUUGCACUGGAGCUAAUAGCGAUGGCCUUCAACCUAAGAGCGAUGGCCUCCCUAACUUAGCUUUGACCGGUGCUUGUGUG